UCAUGUGCAUUGCACAUUAGGACACUAAACAGUCGCCCUUGCUUUUAUUUCAUAUAGUGUUUUAUAAUCUCUGAUUAUUAGAUAUAAAAUGUUUGCAGCUAGAGGAGUGUUGAGACUUGCACAUCGGUUGGGAAGUGUUUGUGUACCGAAACGUGGAUGUGCCGGUGCUAUUCCUGUAGACGAUAUUGUUAAUGGGCUUACAGAUGAACAAAUUCAGCUUAGAAAGACGGUUCAAAAGUUCUGUCAGGAAAAGCUUGCUCCCUAUGCUGAUGAAAUCGACAAGUCAAACGAAUUCCCACGCAUGAAGGAGUUUUGGAAAGAGGCGGGUGAACUUGGACUGCUGGGCGUCACAGCUCCAGCGGAGUAUGGCGGAUCUGAAUUAGGCUAUCUCGAUCAUGUGAUUGUGAUGGAGGAGAUGUCUCGGGUGUCGGGAGCGAUAGCGCUAAGCUAUGGCGCGCAUUCAAACCUUUGUGUCAAUCAGCUGGUGCGUCAUGGCAACCCAGAACAAAAAGAGAAAUACCUGCCAAAGCUGAUUUCAGGCGAACAUGUAGGUGCCUUGGCUAUGAGUGAGCCCAACUCCGGCUCGGAUGUAGUUUCAAUGAGACUAACGGCGAAGAAACAGGGUGACCACUUUGUGCUGAACGGUAAUAAGUUCUGGAUUACAAACGGACCAGAUGCGGACGUACUAGUCGUUUAUGCAAAGACAAACCCAGCAGAAGCUGCUCGUGGUAUCUCUGCUUUCAUUGUAGAAAAGGGAAUGCCUGGUUUCAGCACUGCGCAGAAGCUUGAUAAACUGGGAAUGAGAGGCUCUAACACCUGUGAGCUGAUCUUUGAGGACUGUAAGGUUCCAGAAAAGAACUUGCUGGGUCCGAUUAAUAAAGGAGUGUACGUGCUGAUGAGUGGACUGGACCUGGAAAGACUGGUGCUCUCAGCUGGACCACUUGGCAUCAUGCAAGCCGUUCUGGAUCACGCUAUUCCCUACCUGCAUGUCCGAGAAGCCUUCGGUCAGAAAAUUGGUCUCUUCCAGCUGAUGCAAGGAAAGAUGGCUGACAUGUACACCCGUCUCAGUUCCUGUCGGCAGUACGUGUACAACGUAGCCCGUGCUUGUGAUAAAGGUCACUUCAGCGGCAUGGACUGUGCUGGGGUAAUCCUUUAUUGUGCUGAGAACGCCACUCAAGUUGCCCUGGAUGGAAUUCAGUGCCUGGGUGGAAAUGGUUACAUUAAUGACUACCCAAUGGGCCGUUUCCUCCGGGACGCUAAGCUGUACGAGAUCGGGGCAGGCACCAGUGAGGUCAGAAGGAUGGUGAUUGGGAGAAGCUUCAACGCCAUGUUCAAAUAAGACUGAAACUAAACAGGAAGUUCUCAUUAGGGAUUUACAUAAUGUAAUUCAUAGAUCCCUGCUGUGAUUCUAAGCUAUGUAGAGUAAACACAAGGUUACAUUGUGCAGAAGAAUGUUAGAUUGUCCUGUACAAUCUAAGCAUAACUGUAGCAUAACUGUUAGUAUUUAGAUGGACUAUAUUUAUAUUGUAUUUAAAAUGGACAGAUCACACACAACACAAAUUUGAUCUGUUUAAUAGAUAUGUAUCAUUUUUUUUGUCUGCAUGUCUAUAACUAGGCUGGGAAAUGUACACUUGUAAUGAACUUGGUGUCUUUUUCAUUUAACAGUGUAGUAUUUCAUAAAUAAGCACCUCUUUGUGUAAUGCCUUGUUGAAAACCUAAAAAAAUAACAAUAAAAGUUACUCAUUUGUGUAAAAUAAAAAAGCAUAAAUGUUUUAUCUGCAGUUUUUAGAAGAAUUGUAACCAUCUAACCUGAUUAACAAAAUUAAAUGGGUCCUCUUAAGUGUUACAAGGUUUUUUUCUAGAUAACUACCUAAUUCACGGCCAUGAAAAUCGCAUCACGGACCGUAAAAAUGAUCUAUUUCACGUGAAAUAUGCAAUUUGCUGUCAAAUUCAAAAUUUAAGGUUUGUGUUUAGUGAUUUAACGUUUUACAUUUAAGUAGAAAUAUGAGGCGCAACAUGAGGCGGUCCUUGCAAUCAUAUGGCAUUAUAAUUAAGUUAGUGUAACAGACAUUUCUAUGGUGUAGUGUGCUGAUAAUGUUUGAUGUACUGUAUGUGUUUACGUAUUGAGUGCAUUUUGUCCCUUUGGGGAUUCCAUAAAGUGUGCUUUUCUACACGCAUGAUCAUUUCUCUGCUGCGCCUCAAAAGAACCAGCCAGUAUAGUAUUUUGCUCCCGAUAGUUUGUCUAUGUGCAGUUUAUUUCUUUCUUUAUAAACUCAGCGAACUCUAAAGAUGCUCGGUUACACUAGCAAUCGGUUAGACAAAAUGUCAAAGAUGUCGAAGUGUAAAGCAGUUAAAAACAUGACUCGGGUAACCGAGUUUGGAAAACUCCCAAUCGAUUAGGUGGACGCAGAGGAUGGAGUGUCAAAACAUGGGCAAGUAUUUUAGUCUUUGAGAGGGAGCUAUUAAAGUAGGCUGUGCUGUGUAUUGUAGCUUCUGUUGAUUCUAUCAUUUAAUUUAAUUAUCAGUGUAAUUUAAUGACUGUCGUGCAGUGUGGCACUUUUCUUUAAAAAAUUUGUGAAAUCUGUGAUUUUUAAAUAAAGAAUAGAUGUAUACUAA